CGCGGCGACGACAGGAACCUGCCGCCACCACUCACAUGACCGACGUCAUUUAUUGGUGAGAGACAACCUUAGCGGUUACAGAGGAAUCCAUUGAAAUGCACUGAGACAGAUAGGGGAGAGCUACCGCCAUGUCCGACUUAACCAUUGCCGGGCGCGUGCCUGGCUCGCGCUACUGCGCGUCUGACGUCACGAAACCGAACACCGGUGCCAGGAUCGCCCAAUAAGUACUGUAGGCUGCUCCGGGUGCUCAGCCAUCUAACGGUAACGACAUAGCCUUGUCCGUUCGUCCGUCCGUGUUUUCCGAGAUUCAUAUUAGCAGUGUUUACCGUUACAACCGAGGAAGGACACAUUUGUAGCUUUUUGCUAGAGCUCUGUGGAUGUUUCGAGGGAGGAGCUAGUUUGGACGAGUUCCUGGGGACGAAACCGCCAGGUGAUCCAGGAACCCUACUCCUUACAGAAGAAGGUAGUGUCUUCGGUGGAUCUUACUCCCCUUCGCUUGAUACCAGUCCCUCGAACAGGCGGAGAGAUCCAAUAUGGAAGCCAAGUAAUCGUCAUCAGUUACUGACGUCUGCAGCACCUGAUUGACCUUUGACUCCUCUGUGCUGCCACCUGCCGGGAGAAUGGCUUCUCCUGCCAAGGUGCACGAUCCCUUGUACAAUUUUGAGACUCAUUUCCCCGAGCGUCUGUCCCGCCUGCAUCUCCACCCGGACUUGUCCUCCUCCGUCCGGCGUCAGAAGCGCACAAAGCGUUCCGGGGCACGUUACAAGACGCAGCCAGUGACCUUUGAUGAAAUACAGGAGGUUGAUGAAGAACCGUCGACUGAAGAGAAGAAGGAAGAGGGACUGAAGGGCAAGUUCCAGGCCUUCUCGAGGUCCAUGGAUGGACUGUUGCCUAAGUUACCGUCAGGAUCGCCCAAGCAGUCGUCAGUGCGGAGACGUCCUGGUCAUCCUCCCGUCAUCCAGGAGAAGGAUGCUGAGGUUGAAUCACGUCUUCAGGAGCCUCCUAGCCCAGUGCAAGCUGUGCCAACAAAGGGAAAAGGAGCUGAGGCACGACUCACGGAAGCAAAUCAAACAGAAGAGAAACUCCAGGCAACUUUGACUCCACCUGGAACACCGUCAUCUCCUGAAGACGGUUCCCCAGUCGUGCCUCUUCCCUCUCCCAACACAGCGCACAGGAGACAGAAGGUAACCGCAAAGGCCAAGAAGAGACAGAAAGCGGCAGAAGCCGGUGGCGGAAAGGAAACGUAAAACUGGUCUUGGCCAAAUGACGUACAGGUGUGCCUGAAGGUGAAGCUCUCCGCUAUUUGUGUAAUAUAUACCAAUAUACGAUAAAAUGUACUGGAUUAAUUACCAAUUAUUUACUGAGACAUUGUUCCACGUGGUUAAUGUGUUCUGCCACUUACCCGAGACGAAACUUAGCGUUGUGCAGUUUCGGAACAACCCGUCAGGAUGUGACCUUCGUAUAUAUUUCGCUUAUGUCAUCGCUUCGGAAACAGUUGACAAGACAGCUAGUGUUUUGGACUUGGAGUUAUGUAUAAGAGCACUGUAUUCCCUCAUCUUUGUUGGUGGCUAAAAACUGCUGACUGUCAUGAGGUCUCAACACUCGUGGAUUAUGAUAUAUAUUUUCUCUUUGCCUACUGUUAAGCCCACCUUGGUCCUGUGUCAUGCAAUAUGACUGUGGAAUGUACGUUAGAUCUGCCUAGUUGACGGAGUUAUCAGUAAGUCUUGUGCCUUGUCGUCUGCCCUGUCGGCCAUUUUUACAGGUAGGCGUUAUCCACAGCUCGAAUUAAAAUGUUAUCGAAAGUGAGCCAUUAAAAUGCUGCAUUGACAGAGCGAAAAGAAAACCUAUGAGUGCUUUCGUAACUCUAGCUCUAAAAGAGAAGCAUGUCUUUCGUAAUCCAUCUCUGGCAGAGCGAAAAGAGUCUUUCGCAACUCUGGGUCCAUCGGAGAAAACAAAGACUUUCGCCACUGACUUUUGUCAUUGAGGGAAAUAUCUUUUUGCAGUUCAACAGCAUAUUCAUCACGUCUGUGAAUGAAUGAUACACAAAAAGUGCACAGAAGGCUCCUUUCGAUUAUAUUUUAUGAUUCCGCGCCGAGUGCCUGAGGGUUUCUGACCAUCCCAACGCCCAACCAUGUGUGUGUUAAUCCAGAGUUAGCCGAAAAGUGUAAAAUGUUACUUAACAUGUUUGGCUCUGUACUAUAGCCAGUUUAAAUAAGGGUGAAUUUAUUGUUUCCUGUAGGUUGAACAGCUGAAGUAUGCUGCAUUGUAAAGAAUAUGUUAUGUUAGAUGUUGCGCAUUUGCCAUCAAAUGAGAUUAUUACUUGGUUACUCGUAUUUGUAAACAAUACUGGGCAAAUUUAUGUUUUGUCCAAAAAUAAACUAUUAUUUCAAUACAAAAA